AUGGAGGUGGAACAGCCGAUGGAUAUGAAUGACAAGAUGAUGUUAGAAGAUCAAGAAACAGUUGAAGAGCGGAACGAGCUGAUGCCUGAUCCACGUCGAAUAGAUCCAUUUCCACGUGAACCUCCCCUUCCGCAACUUGAUCGACACCCCUUACAACCGACACUUCAAGGUCCGAUGCCCGGGAAUAUUUCCGCGCAAUUACUUCCGAGUCAAAUACCGAAUCCUCUUGUACAAGCGUUAGGGAAUCCCCUUCAAAGUAGUUCCAGUGGAGUUCAAAGCCUUAGUAUAGAUAAGAAAGGGAAGAAGAAUGCCAAAGAGAAGAAAGAGGAGGUUGAAGAUAAGCAGCGGAAGCGCAAAGCAGUCGAUUGGUUAUCCGAUCGAUUAGUCGAGAAGAUAGAUAGAGAUCAUUACAUGUGUAUAGUCUGUUUCAAGCGGAUGAGUCGAGGAUACGCGUGCAGUCAUUGUCUGGAAGAUCAUCAAGACAUCAACUCGACAAUUAAAAGUGUAUUGGUGUCAGCGUAUCAGAACGGGCAACGCAUUCGCGACGAACUUGAAGUGAUGCAAGAGGAAGAAACAGAUAAAGAUAAGAAGAAACAAGGCGAGAAAGAGAAAGAAGAAGGCGUUGAAUACGACAAACCAUUUGAGAAACCAUUUGAUAAAAGUUUUGAUAAAAUGUACGAAAAACAAUUUGAAAAACAAUUUGAGAAGGAAGACGACAAACUUAGAAUGAAUACUACAGAAGUUAGAAAUGUUAAAACUCGAAGAAAACAACUCCGCGUCACAGAGGAUUUGAAACGAAAAUUGGAAUUGAUGUCUUACGAGAACAAAACUCAAUUGGAAAAGAAACCAAAGAAAGUCGCGGAGAAGAAACGAUCGACGGAAGGGAAAAGAGUUACUAUGGAAAUAUCAAAAAUUAUGGCAACUAAUGGAAUUCCUUUUGCGAAGAGCGAAGCAGUCUGGAAAAUCGUUAAUGAAGUGAUGGACUGUAUCGGGGAACUCGGACCCCAAGUCAUCGAGAAAAUUCGAUUCAGCGCAAGAACGUUGAAGAGAAGAUAUGACGAACAACUGUCUCAAAACACUGGACAACACCAAAAAACUCAACAUCAACCACAAACCCAAAAUCAACCCCCUAUGCAAAGUUUGGCUUCACACCAAAAUCCAAUGAUCCAAAACCAACAACAAAGACAACAACAAGUCCAACCACCACCUCCACAAUACCAAGUACUCGGACAUAGACAAAACGGUAUUCCUAUGGGCCUCCGUUCAAUCAUCACAGACCCACAACAACACCACCAACAAAGAACUGAAACCCUUGUACCUCCACCCCCAUCACAAUCUAAUAUGGGAAUGUGUUUUUAA